UUUACCUUGUGUCAGUUGUAUCAGAAGACGUCGAAAAAGGAAGACGGAUUUUGCUGAAUUUGAUUCCAUUCAUCUGUUGUGUUAGUUUUUUGAUUUAGUAAAAAAUUCAUAAUAUUAUAAUAUAGUUGUGACAGAACUGCAAGCAUCAUCUGAACAAAAGAACAUUUCGGAGACUUUAACGCAGAUUGAAUUAUGAGCAACAGACAGGCCAUAGGAUGGGCCUUCCUGUGCCUGAUGGGAACUACAAUUGUGGCACCCGUGUUCACCUACCCAAGUACCUCAGCUCAACAACCGCAAGAACACCGCUCAGCCCAACCACAGCAGCACUACGAAUCGCAGCACCCCGUGUACCAACCACAACACUAUCCAGUCUACCAGCCAGAACAGGACGCUAGGAAAUUCGUCGAAAAACCCAAUGCUAGCAAAAAAGUCGCCGCCACCACCACCGGAGGAGGUGUGGUCGAAGACCGCAACGACUUGGACGACGUGCAGACGAAUUCCAUCUCGCAAGAGACGGCCGGUGGCUUUUCGUGGAGCAGCGUUUUGGGAAUGAUCAUGCAAAUGUUGUUCAACCCGGCCACCGCCCCAACAGGUCCCAGCAAAUCUGAUGUUAUAGAUGGCGAACAAGGUAUUCCUCCGGCCUCCCCGUGGGCUAAUUUGUUUUCCGUAGGUCUGAAAAUACUGACCGCAUUUUUGGGUGGCGGCAACAUGGCGGGAGAUGGAAUCGAUAAAGUAGACAACUCUUCACCGAUGCAGGGUGUAUUGGCGGCGGUCUUAUCUACAGUACUCGGCAGCAAGGAUCCCGAUCAAGUGGCCACCAUGGCCAAGCAAGCUGGAGAGUUCAUCAAUAUCGUCGUGAACCUCUUGGAUGCCCUCAAGACCUCUUUCAGCCACAGAUCUCUGCACGCCAGAUCUAUGGGCAAGAAGGAUACCGUGUCCGACGCAGCCGUAGCUAGCAUUUCUAUUUUCAAAGGUUACGUCAAAACCAUGAACACCGCCGACGACGUGUGCGCACAAAAGUUCGUGUGCGAAGCCAACAAGGAAUGUGCGGGCGAAACUACAAGCUCUAGUGCCAUAUACUGCCAACUCGGAACAUACGCUACCAGCUUUUUGCUGCAGAGAGCGGGCACCGCACCUUUCGAAGUGUACUACGACGCCGGAAGACGAGGACGAUCGGGCGACGACUGCCGUCAACUGUAUUUGGCCUGUAAUGAAGUCUAAUAAAACCGAGUUCGGAAAUUUUCAAAGAACACGACCCGCGACUAUACAUUUCCCACAAGUUCUUGUUAUAGUUUCUUCAUAGUACAACUACCGAACAACGUCCUUUCCACGCCAAUCCGAUCAGAAGAAACCGCGAUCUCGUUUCCCCUCCCGAUUUUGACUAUUUAUAUACUAUACGAAUCCGGACAUCAGGCUUGACGGUUUUUUCUUUAGGAUUUAAACAUUUAUUUAUUUAUUUUUUAAUUCCGUAACGUUUUACUAAGUAAUAGUAUAAUAUAUAUAUACAUAUAUAUUAUUUUAUAUAUUUAAUAUAUUCCUAUUGUUCGAAUGACAAUGCAUUUUGUAUCAUAGUAGUCUGAUUUAUUAUUUUAUGUAUAUUAUUAAAAAAAUUAUUUAUACCUUAUUUAUUUUAA